AUGGUGGACGUAAUACCAAGCAAUAACAAAAAUGUAAAUUGGCCCUCGGACCAAAUGCGAAAAUCUAGUGACGUGGAAGAAAUUAACAAAGAGAACAUUCCUCAUUUUAUUGAGCAAAGAAAACGAAAGUUGACUCAGGUUAAUACUGAACAGUGCUAUUCUCAGCCAAUAGAAGCUAUACAUAAAAUCGUUGUUAUGGAAGCUGUGGCAGAUGAAGUAGAAGUUUUAAAAUGUACACAGGGACAAAACCAACAAGAAAAUGAACUGCCUAGGCGAUCACGCAGCAAGUCAUCGUCCAGCAGUUCCUCGUCUUCUAGCUCAAGUAGCUCAAGUAGCUCAUCUUCGUCCAAUCGCAGUAGCCCGCUCCAUAAUGUUAACACAAUUGAGUCGAAUAUAAAGAUAGGCAAACCCUCAACCUCUACAGAGAAAUGGGCUUAUAACUUUACUGAAAAUGAAAAUAAAGGCAGUAUGACUUGGAAUGACGUAAAAAUUCUUAAAUUUUCUAAAGAAGAAACGCUUACAUUUUACUAUAAGACAUCUUAUAGUCAAAAUGAGUUCAACAAAGUAAACAUGAGAAACAAAAGGAAGAAGAUGAGUGAUAUAAGAGAAAUUGCUAUGACCAAAGCAUACUCUCAAAGACUGGUGUUAUCUGAGAGAAAAAAACUGACUUACGUUCCUUGA